UUGGGAGAGGUUUUUAUUUUUUUAAAGCUCCCAGACCCAGUUCACUCGAUCGGUCCAAACCAUGGCAUCCGACGCCGUCGCUGCGACGGCCGGCGAGGAGCCGCUGGCUCUACCGGCGCUCCUCCUCAUCCGCCGUGUGGAUGCACCCUUCGCCGCCGCACUACACCAGCGCUUCCGCGUCCUCGACUUCUUUGCAUCAGGCUCGCCGCCGCUCAAGGCCUUCCUCGCCGCCGCCGCGGCUAUCCAGGAGCCCCCUCGCGCCGCGGUCGUCAUGGGUGGCGGCGGUCCCGCCCGCGUGGACGCCGAGUUCCUGGACGCCCUGCCCUCUCUUCGCUGCGUCGUCAGCACGGCGGCGGGCAUCGACCACAUCGAUCUCCACGAGUGCGCGCGCCGCGGCGUCGCCGUCGCAAACUCCGGCAGCGUCUACUCCGCCGACGUCGCCGACCAUGCUGUCUGCAUGCUCAUCGACGUGCUCCGGCGCGUCACCGCGUCGCAGCGGUUCGUCCGCCGUGGACUAUGGGCUUUGCACGGGGACUACUACUGCCUCGGCUCCAAGCUCGGUGGCAAGCGUGUUGGCAUCAUCGGAUUGGGGAACAUUGGUUCGCUGAUCGCAAAGAGGCUUGAAGCUUUCGGCUGCGUCAUCUCCUACCACUCCAGAAAACCCAAGGAUUUGGUCUCUUACAACUACUUCUCAAAUGUUCAGGAACUUGCUUCUGAAUCAGACGUGCUCGUCGUCGCCUGCGCGCUGAACAAGCAGACGAGCCACAUCGUGAACAAUGACGUUCUGGAUGCCCUGGGGAAGAACGGGGUCGUCAUAAACAUCGGCCGAGGCGCAAACGUCGAGGAGGCCGAGAUGGUGAGGGCGCUCAAGGAAGGCAGGAUUGCAGGAGCUGGUCUCGACGUCUUUGAGGACGAACCCAACGUGCCGCCGGAGCUCUUGGCCAUGGACAAUGUCGUGGUGACGCCGCAUGUUGCAGUUUUCACGUCGGAGUCCAGGUCAGAUCUGCGUGACCAUACCAUUGCCAACCUUGAAGCCUUCUUUGCAGCAUGGAGAAGGUGUAACCGGUGAAGCCAAAAGUCAGGAUGUGCAGCUGAUUUUAAUAUAAGAGCUACAGUGUAUGAAGGCGAUCAGGAGCCAGAACCGGCCAUAGAGCCUAAUAUUUUAGAACUGAAAAAAAGAUUGUAUUUUUUCUUCUAACGAACUCUAUUUAUAUCUCUUGUAAAAUUAAUUCUCGUUAAAAAUCUAUUUCAACAUAUUGUUGUGAAACGAUGUGUCCUCUGAAGAGACACCUCUUCAUCAUCUAAUCGGUGAUCUCAUCUGGUGAUAGGAUUAGCAGUUAGCCUAGCAGUUAGCAUGCCAUCCGAAGGGGCAUGUCCUUUGGCCAAGAGCAGUUGCUCUCCCUGUACUCAAACACCAAGGAGUCACGUCCGUACGACUACGAAGAGACGUCCAUACGACGUGAUCUCUCACUUGUAUAUAAUCUAACAAGAUCAAUGAAAGCAGCAGUUGUUCCCAAAAUCUUUGUUCCAUUUACAUUACACUUAACACGUUAUCAGACACGUUGCUCUCAGGAACUG